UCAGCGCCUACGUGCUGCCACACAAGUGACUGCUGUGAAAACAAAGGCAGCGGGCUGCGUCUUGAUAACGUCAUUACUAGUCCGUAUUUGAUAUGUUCGAGAAAAAAAAGAAUCUAUCAUGUCCGAGUGAUAUUCCUUGUUAGGUAGUAAACCGUUUGGCCUGUUUAUCUCUGUCGUCUCGGAGCAACGUUGCAAAAACGCGCUAACGCAAGUGGAUUUCCGGACUCUACAGGUCUCUUGUUUUGUUGAAUCGUUGUUCAUGAGAUGUGUUGAAGGCUGUCUGGAUCAGAGGACAGCACCUCUGCGCCACUUUAUGUUUUUGCUUUUGAUAUAAAGAGACAUUUCAGCGCUGAUACAAUCCUUUUGUGCCGUCCGGAAUGUAGAAGCUUUUAUAAGUUGGUGAUUAUGUCCUAGUAGAACAAUGUUUUUCACAUUGUUAUAAAUGGACAGCCCUAAAAGGCUUACCAAAAUUCUGCUUCCCAGAGUUUUUUUUGCCACUGGGAUACAGAGACAUUGGCAUUUGAAACUGGCUCUCGUUUGGACCUCAGACUGGUGAUUUUAAGUAAUCGGCAGCCGGAUUUGUAACGGAUGGGUGCUGGCCUUGGUCCUGAAGAUAUUCCCUCUUAUUAACUCGGACCAUCCGCCGCCCUGACCUGAAAUCACUUCCAGGAUAACCACAGAAGGGAUUCCGCAGGACUCAGAAGUUAAAGACACUGAUCAUAAUUAGUUUUCUCAAAGUGUUCACUAUGAUAGGGCCUCUCAGCGGUCGACUGCAUACGUUGUUACUUUUAAUGUGUGCGGUGCGUUUUGGCCAUGCGGUGUGCGUGGACAUCCCCUCAGAGACUGAGGCUGUGGUGGGCAGGGCCAUGAAGCUCACCUGCAUCGCCUGCAUGACCAGAGAGGAGGUCAAGUCGCUGACGCGCGUGGACUGGUUCUACCUCACCAACAAUGACACCCUGCUCAUCCCCAUCUUCCAGUAUAGGAAUGGGCGCCCGAAGGAGGUGGAGGGCCCCUGGGAGAAACGUCUCUUGUGGAACGGGAGUGUGGACCUUCAGGACCUCUCCAUUUGGAUCCUGAACGUCUCCCUUAACGACAGCGGUACCUAUCGCUGCGACGUGUUUCGUCAGUUUAAGUUUGACUACUUCACCCCCUCGGUCAACAAGACCAAGGUAAUCCAGUUGAAGGUGUAUCCAACAGCCAAAGUCAACCCGGCGUCACUGUACUCAGAGGUCAUGAUGUACGUGCUGCUGGUGUUCCUCACCCUGUGGCUCCUGGUGGAGAUGGUCUACUGCUACAGGAAGAUCUCCAGAGCCGACGACCACACCCAGGACCCCGCGACAAACUACCUAGCCAUACCUUCUGAGCAAAAAGACAAUCCAGCUGAGCCGGUUACUGAUGUUACCGAAUAAAAGUGGUUGUCUUGCAACCACAGACACGGUACUGACCGAUACGAAGGCCACCUCAACGUUGCGGGGGCAGCAGCACAGUUAUGUACACAGACAUUGUUCACACACUGAUUUCACUGAAAACACUUUGAAACACUCGUCAACUCGAGUGCUCACGCUAUGGUCAAAUACGUUGUCAAUCAGAGAGAAAUUGGAGAGCAAUGUUCAGCCUCUAGGUCCCAUUGUUCUCUCAUCCACUCCCUCUGUACUCUGCUGUGUUGCUUGCAUUGUGCAACGGUCGAGGGGAUGCAAACUGAUAUUAAAAACUGAAUACCAAACUGCAUGUCUGAUACAGUUUGUUUGUUCUGUCCGUGUGAUUCAUACUCUUUUGAUGGACAAUGUUGAGAUGGUAGUCAAAAGGCAGUUUCUACUGUGAUAUAUUCUCUUCUUUCUACUUUUAAUUUUUUACAAUAAAAGGAUUGCAUUGCUUUGUAUACUGUAUGGAUGUGUAUCUUGUGUCAUAGUAAAAUACUACUAAUAGUACUCAAAGUACUGGAUAAUACUGUGUAAUUUGACAAUAUUUCAGUUGAUGAAGUCGUCUUUGCCUUUCCUUUAUCGUGUCCAUCUGAAAUCUGUGUUACCAAUCGCCCUGACCUCUAACCUCCGCUGUUGCUUGUGUUCUCCAACAGCUACAAUAGCAGCGCUCCAUAUGUGCCUGAAUCUAUAGGGAAAAUACUGUAGAAAAUAAUGUGUUUCAUAUAUUUGGUGCAAUGAUAUCAUUCUGCAUGAUGUGUGUUACGCAUUCUUAUGCCCUGUGUGAGAGAUCUGCCUAUAUUGGAAUAAAUGUAUUGCACAAUCAGUUUAA